AUGCUUGAAGAAACCCAUAGAACACCAUUCACGGCGAGAAUCACGGAGGCUAGGAUUCCCGAGCCCGGGAAGGUGAGAAUCCCGUUCUACGAAGGAACGACCAAUUCCCGAGCACACAUCACAACGUUUCGGAUAGCAAUGGGACGAGCUUUCACAAAGAACGCUGCCAAACUGACCGAGCGAGAAGUGGAUGCCGGAUAUUGCUUGCUCUUCGUGGAACAUCUCAAGGGAACCGCGCUCGAGUGGUUUUCGAGGCAGGAGCGCAAUUUGAUCGGCAGUUUCCAACAGCUCUCCGCCUUGUUCCUUAAACAAUACUCGAUGUUUAUGGAUAGAGGAACGUCUAAUGCCGACCUGUGGACGCUAUCCCAAGGAUCGAACGAACCGCUUCGGGAUUACAUGGCAAGACUUUGUCGUAAACGAGGAAGAGAUGAAGAAUCUGGACGAGCAGUACGAAGCAACGAAAGCAGCGAUCUGCAGCUCAAUUUUGACGCGCCCCUCGAAGAAAGGCAUCCAUCAAACAACGCAACGACGCAGAGCUCGGACGAACCUAGAAGCGGAGGUGCCCAUAACUACCAAGUAGGCACUGGACGCAAAAGAGGACAGCCGCGCAACAACACUUGGGUAAGAAAGCCCACCAACUACAACGAAAAGGCAUUCUGCGAGUAUCACCAGACCUACGGGCAUUCAACGGCACAAUGCCGAACUCUAGGAGCAAAACUCGCAGCUAAGAUGGCGGCGGGAGAGCUCCAGAACGCAGUUAACCUCAAAGACCUCGUCCCUAAUGAACCAAAAGAAGAGCCGAGCCGAGCGGCACGGCAGAACCCGCAAAUCCUCCCCGACGGGGCGAUAACACCAAGCGCGACAGGAGAGGCAAACCCGAAGAGCGACCCGAGCCGAGGCAAAGGAUCAACAUGA